AUGACAUUUACUAAAUAUUUGUCAAUUGAAAAAAAUAAAUAAAUAAACCCGCGCUUUGAAAGCGCGGGUCAAAAUCUAGUUAUGUUUUAAAAUAUUUCCCUCUAGCUUUCAAUAGAGAUAAAAUGGUUUUUGCUUUCUUUUUUGAGAGAAUUAAUGGAACCAUUCUAUUUAUAUUACAUUUUAGAGUGAUGUUUGAAAUGAUAAAACUCAACAGUUUAUCUGAUGGUUUUAUUUUGUAAUUAUUUUUUGGAUUUGGUCUACAUAUUGUAUUAUCUAUUCAUAGUCAUACAAAUAAGUCUAUUUUCUGCGUUUAAUUUGUAUCAUCAAACUACAAAACUAUUAAACUUUAAUUUUUGGUUUUCAACUACAAUAAUGUUUGUUUUGAUCCUAAUGAGAAAAAUUGAUCAACAAAUUUUACAUAUAUAUAAAGGGGCAAACACAGAGCCACGGUUACGGGGGCACGUCCCCCAGCUAAAUUUAAGUUUUUAUUCACUAAUUAUUAUAAUGUUUCCAAACUCCAAAAUUAAUCAUAAUGGAAAAAACCAUUGUGCCCCCGACUGAUUAGUUUCCUACAUCCGUCCAUGUAUAUAUACAUAUUAAUUUUAUUUUUAUUUCUACACAAAACUACACGUAGCGAAGAACAGAUAUCUAGUUACGUACAAAUAUUCCCAAGCAUGUGUGUGUGUUUUUAGAUUAAAUUUUAGUUCUAAUUGCCCUGAAAGUUUUCAUUGACCAUUCAAUAGCCAAAACCGUACCUAACUACCUACAUAUAUAUAGGCGAUUUCUUAAAAGUAAUGCAAUAAAGAUUGUUUUGUUAAAAGAACAUGAUGCUCCGCAAUGGUUGCUGCAAGCCUGCAACCAUUAAUGUUUCAUAAUAUUAAAAGUGCGGGAGCUUCCGCCACAUUAAAUGUUGUAAGAUUUGGACAUUUUCUCUACUUAACUCUUUCUUUAAUCUCUACUGUUUUUUUUUUCACAUAAGCAUGAUGUGUUAUUUUAACUGUAUUUAACAUAAUAACAGAGUAAAUCAUUAGUGCAGAUAUAAUCUUUGAAAUUAUGAAAUUUAAUAAUAAAAUGUAUAAAACUAGUCACCGUAGUUUUUUUUCUUUUUAUGUCUAAUGUAAACCCCGUUUCAGGAAAAAGAUUAACGUCAUCUCCAUAUUCUUUUUUUUUAACACAACGUCAUCCCCAUAUUCAGAUUAUAUUAAUAGUUAGUAUAAAACAUGGUUUUUUUUAACGCUUUUAGUUAUGUUAUUACAACUAUAAAAAAUAUUACAGAUGAUUCUACAGCCGGUAAUUUUACCUGCCGUGUGAAAAUUCACGUUUAACUGCAUCACCUGAGUCACUCUAUGGAAUCCAUACUUGAUAGUACUCAUUAUGCCAUGCUGUAGAUCUCUUGUAAGCCUUUUUCCCUUAAUUCGCAUAAUUCCGCAAUUUUCGGGAAUUGAAACCCAGACCUCUUGGUGUAUAAACAUUAAUGAACCUUUGGUUUUUUUUUUUUUUUGAAAUACUUUUUUUUGAAGCACUAAUGAACCCUUGGUUAAACCAAUAUUUUCAAAUAGAAUAACACUAAACACAAUUAGAUAAUAAGUACACCAUAAUAAGUACACCGGUUUUGGGGGUUUGUUGGAACCCUACAGAAAUCAAGAAUCUAAUAUUAAUAGUUUAAUAAUUUAGCAUUAAUGAAGAGUGCUUAUAGUAAUGUAACUACUCACAUGUUAAUAACAAAAUCAAAAGCAAAUACAAAAACAUCUGUGUGAAUUUCAAGAAAACUAAGAUCAAAUGUCGUUUUCUUAUGGAGAUUUCUAUUCCCUAUAGAGGUAUCUCGCCGAUCUCAAGGACUAAGUCAUCAGCACUACUAACCAUUAUGUCAAGAUUAUUUAAAAAUUGGUUUAAAUUGAAUACGUUCAUUAUUUUAGUCUCUCGUAAUUAAUUUGCAGAUAUUCUUCAAAUCAUUUGUCGGCAAGAUUUUAUUGUGAAUCAAAUAUUGAAGCGUUAGAUAAAAAAGGGAUCUUGAUUGAUAGUUUGUAGAUAAUUAUUUUUGGUUGAUUAAUAAAGUUAACUGUACUAUUUAAUAUUAUUCCCUUCACUUUGAUUUGAAGUAGUGAUGUGAUUAUCGUUUGGUUUUUGAAUUUUUUAUAAGUUUAAUAAAGCGAAAUAUAUUUUUAAACGAGGCCUUUGAUUGGGUUUGAGCUUUUUAAUAAAUGUAAAAAAAAAAUUCAUUGUCUUUACGAAAAAAAACCCACAACUUUGAAAUCCAACGAUGGAAAUUGGAAUUUUAUUCCCAAAUUGCUUGACUAAGUAGAAUUAUUGGUUGAUGUAUUUUGAUGGAUUUGAAAAUCCAAACUAAAUAUAGUGUUAUUAGUUCUAUGAUUUUAAAAUAUGUAUUGAAAUUAUAUGUUAUUCGUUUAAUGAUUCAUAAAUUAUAAUUCAAAUCAAGUGUUAUUCAAUCAUACGGAUUUGCUAAUAGAUUUGAUUUUAUAAUAGAUUUGCAUGAAUUUUAUUUGUUAAAAAUAUAAAGGCUCAAAUCCGAAUGAAAACCUCCAGAUUUGUAAAUACUAAUCCGAAAGAAUUUAAAAUUUUAUAUAUUUUACUUGGAUUUAUAAAUACUGUACGUAUUUCUAAAUCAAUCAAAAUAUAUAAACCAAUAACAAACGUUGGAAGAUAAUUAUGUAUUUUCAGUCCUUGUGUGAUAUGGUACUUAAUUUUCCUCUGAAAUUUUUCUUCUAGUUUCAAAUAUGAUUUUAAUUUGCGACAUAACAUAAUGAUAAUGACAUGUAGUAUACGUCACCAUUCAUAUUCAAAGACGAUGAAAAGUAUGGUGAUAAUAAUUGUUAGUUGAAACAAAUUCAACGUUUCUGAAUUCAGUUUUCUUACAAUUUAACUUCUUGGUGAAUAAUGAUGCACAUUGAUAAAACGACCAGACUAUCUUUUGGUCUUGUAUAAUUAUUUUACAUGUCCCAUUAUUACUUCAUAUAAGAAUAUUCUUUUAGAUAAUUCAUAUCGGCUUUCUGUAGGAACACAUUUGCUACAUAAUCGACUAGUCCGAAAGCGUAUCAUACUGUCUGCACCGAAUUUGAAUACUUUCUAACUAAUGCAAAAGGUAGACCGAUCGUCUUUUACAACUCACCAUGUAUAAAAUAUUUUUAAAGCAGUUCUUUGUUUUUCAUAAUCUAUCAUUAACUUUGUUUUGAUAUACCUUAAACUGAUUCUAUACAAUUAAAGUAGAAUCUCUCAUACGAUUUUGUCAUUGGUUUCGUAAAAUAAUUACAAUGUCAAAUUACUCAUAUAUUUUUACAUCGUUUAAUUAUUUGAUAUCAACCAAAUAAUUAAUUUACGAAAUAUUGCAAAACUAAAAUACAAUUAAAUCAUGUAUAAUCUCUCUUCUUUAUCAUUUCAUUUUCAAAAUGUACCACUAUAUUUAUUAUCCUAAUACAAAAAUUUCCUAAAAACAACCCACUAUAACUCUUUUAUAUAAUAAUGUUUUGAGAAUAUUAUUAUUUACAGUUUAGAGUUUUUUGCUAAACAAUUAACUAAACAUUAUCCAUAUUUUUAUUAAAAUAAUAAUGAAAAUUUUAUUAAGUUUAAAAUGUUUGAAAAUGAAAAUUCAGUAUGUAGCAUUGAUAUUAUAAAUAUGUCAAAAAUACCAGAAUAUGUAAAUGAAUAUUUUAACAAACAAUCUGUUAAUGUGUAUAAAAUCCUUUAACUUAUCAUAUCAAUAACAUUUUUGGGGAAUUUGUCAUAAAAAAAUUAUAUUCCUCAGUAAAAUAUUUUCAAAUAUAUAUUUUUAUUAUUAAAAAUUAUAUCAAGUUUUAAAACAUUAAAAAUAAUUUAAAAUAAUGGAGGACAUGUCUAAAUAUACAAAUUAUACUAUUUUGAUUCUCAUAUAUGUAUACUUAUAUAGAAUUUUAGACAAAUUAUAUAUGUUACAUAUGCAUUAUACGGAUUUUCGGAUCUAUCAGUUCAACCACGGGUCCGGGUCAGAUAUGAAAACACUGCUUGAAACUCAAACAUUAUAAUAAAAAACUUUAACAUUUUUUGUUUUCUAAUAAAAAUUUAUAGAUUCAUGCAUAUUUUAUCAAAAUGAUCAAAAGAAACUUUCUGCGCAUUAAAAUCGCAGGUUAAAAUCUUGUAAUCAAUUAAAAGUUAAAACAAAAGGUUAAAGACUCGAUUGUAUACAUAGUUUUUUGUUUUUAGAUUUUAGGUUUUUGCUUUUAGUUUCUUAAGUUUUGGAUUUUAAAUUUUGGUUUUUUUUAUAUAGAUUUUAGUUUUUAAAUGAUAAUUUGUUUUAUUAAAAUAUUUAAUAUAUAAAUUUUAUUUUUGAACCAUAUACUGCUUUUAAGUUUUAAUGUUGUGAUAUGUGCUUAAAAAUACCAGAAAUAUAGUUUUAUAAUUUUAUUUUGAAUAAAGUAGUUCAACAAUUUAUAACUAAUGAUAAACUGCAUAAAUUUAUUUUAUAUAAUAAAAAUAUUAAAAUCUAUUUGACAUUAUUGUGAAAAAUGAUAGCUUCUGUGUAAAAAUUAUACAUAUUUUUCAUUUCUGUGAAAUAGUAUUCAAUCAAUUAAAUAUUUUUAAAAUAGAAAAAAUUUCAAAAAAAUAAGAAUAAAUAAUUUUCGUUUUUAUACAAAACCUAUUUUUUAUAUAAAAUGAUAAGCUUUUUGAAAAACUUGAUUCCCUCAAAUUUUAAGGAAUCAAUUUGUUAAAAAUCUUGAAUGGCUACGAAAGUAGUCUUUGGAAAAAAAUAAACAAAAUCUUAAUCUUGAUUAGAUAAAAAUGGUUUAAAGGGUGAUUGAUUUGAACACUAGUCUAAUAAAACUGAUUAUUCAAAAACUAUGUAGUAAGGGAAUUUAAUCAGUAAGGUAUAAUUUACAAAUGAAAUGGACAAAAAACAUAGGGAGAACACUAGUCAUACGAGCUAAAAUACGCAAAUUUUAUUUUAUUUUUUUGACUGAAGUAUACGCAAACCUUGUUUCGCUCCUCUUUUUUUUUUUUCACUCUCUUUUCAUAUUUUUCUUUGUUCUUCCUAUCUUUUGUAAUUAAACUUUUAUUAUUUAAUUUGUAGGCUUCUUUUUGGAACGACUUUAUGGGUUUUAAAAUGGAGAAAUUAAUCGACCUUGGGUUUCAGUAAAAAGCAAAGCAUUGAAAGCGUGUGACGUAAAAGAUAACCACUUCAAAGUUUUCACCUUUAUAUUCUUCCUCAUGUGAUGAAUAUUUUACUUGGGUUAUGUAUAAAAAAGACAUUCGAAGGAUUUGGCUUUUUCAUAUGAAAUAUCACGAUGUCCAAAAUGUAUUUAGCAAAUUUUAUACUUUCUUAGAAUUGUAUAAGUCAUCUUUGUCACUUAGAAAAUUUUGUCUUUCUUUCCAACUCAAAUUAAGUUUUAUUUUCCAUUCCACAAAGUUUAACUCAACUGAUUUGAUAAACUUUUUUGACUUGCUACAUUUUUUUGUUGGGACAAUAUCAAAGAACCAUAUUUCGUUCCAUUUAAUCAGAAUCCAUUAUUAUAAGACCGUUAUAUUUUAAAUUUUUCCAUGUAUAAAAGUUUAUUGAUUUUAGGGUAAAAAGAGCAAUAAACAGUAAAAUAAAAGGUCGAAUGUUUUUUUUUAAACACUUUUUUUGAAAAACAAAAGGUGGAAUGUAAAUUAAGUAAAAACAAUAAUAAAGGAAUUACUUUUCUUGUACAAUGAAAACAAAAGAGUGCAAAAAAGAAAGAAAAAGAAAGCCUAAUUUACCAUUUACCACUUUUAAUUUUAUUUCUUCUUUUUUUUUUCAUCUUUCCAUUUCCUUUAUUAUUUGCUUUUCUUCUCCUUUCUUAACCUAAAAGUUCCUCUAUCCCCCCAUGUCCACACAAACACGUUCUCUCUCCUCUCUCUCACACACAUUCUAGUGUCAUUUUCUCACAUAUACUUCACACAAAAGAAACAACCGUUCACUACAUACUACCUUGUCAUUAAUUUUCUCUCUCUAUAUCUCAAAAACUUUGCAAAAUCAACUAAGCCUCAAAACAAUAGAAACGACAUUCUCAAUAAAACCCAGAACUCUCCUCCUCUUUUAUUUUAUCCUCUCUACCAACAAUAAAAUAAACAAUAGAAGGAUAUAUAGUUUCUUCCUUCUAUGUCCUGAUUCAAGAAAACAAGAACUAGGGUUCAUAUCUCUAGGAACCGACUGAAGAAUCUCUUCAAGAAGAAGAAGAAGUUAAAGCUCUCUUCCAUGGAGCUUUUUCCUGCUCAACCCGAUUUAUCCUUACAAAUUAGUCCUCCAAACAGCAAACCAUCAUCGACGUGGCAGAGAAGAAGAUCAACACCAGAUCAAGAAGAACAUGGGGAACUCGAUUUAGGGUUUUGGAGAAGAGCUCUUGAUUCAAGAACAUCUUCUCUCGUCUCUAGUAAUUCCAGCUCAAAAACAACCAAUAACCAUCAUCAUCCACUCGGAGACCUCUCCCUCUCUAACAACUCUCAUCAACAUCAACAACAACAUCAGCAUCCACUCCUUCUCCCUAAUUGCAAUGGCUCUAACAUCUUGACCUCUUUCCAGUUUCAGACACAACAACAACAAGGGUUUCUUGCUCAUGACCUUAAUACUCACUUACGGCCAAUAAGAGGAAUCCCUCUAUACCAAAACCAUCAUCCACAUCAUCAUCACCGGCCGCCGCCGCCGUAUUUCCCUUUUGAUCCGUCGUCUCUAAUUCCCUCUUCUUCAGUGACUCCCACGGCAACCAACAAUAGCUUUGGUACUAGUAGCGUUAGUAACUCCGGUUUAAUUACAAACCCUAAUUACCAUAAUCAUCAACAUCAUCAUCAUCAGACUCUGAACAGAGCGAGAUUCAUGCCGAGAUUCCCAGCUAAACGAAGCAUGAGAGCUCCACGGAUGCGAUGGACAACUACUCUCCAUGCCCGUUUUGUUCACGCCGUUGAGUUGCUUGGUGGCCAUGAAAGAGCAACGCCUAAAUCAGUUCUUGAGCUUAUGGAUGUCAAAGAUCUCACCUUGGCUCAUGUUAAGUCCCAUUUACAGAUGUACAGAACAGUGAAGACAACCGACAAAGCAGCAGCUUCGUCAGGACAAUCUGAUGUCUAUGAAAAUGGAUCUUCAGGAGAUAAUAACUCAGACGAUUGGAUGUUCGAUAUCAAUAGAAAAUCUAGAGAUAGCGAUGAACUGAUGAAUCCUCUAGAGAAAUCAAACGGUCUCUGGACCAAUUCUUCCGGAGAGGCACGUUUGCAUGGGAAGCUGAUCGAUAAUGUUGCAGAAAUUAUGCUACCUUCUGAGAAGGAAAUAGAUGGAAAGUGUUCAAGCUAUGAGAGGAUUUCAUCAGAGGAGAGGAGCUUGUCAAGUAUCUCCGGAACAAGCCCCUUCAAGCCUAAUCUUGAAUUUACUUUGGGUCGAUAUCACUAAGUGAUAGCUAGCUAGUAGUUAACUGGUAGUAAUUAGCUUCUAUUUUUGCGAGUGACUAAUUGAAUGUUUAUGUUUUAAGCUUAAAUUUCAAUGUCGCUCCGAAGGUCGAAAAACACUGCUUUGUUCUUUUUGUAUUGAGACGAGCUAGUGAAAGAAUCGAGCACCAGAUGCACAAAACAAAUGUUAAGUUUCUUUUUCAACUUUUAUAGUAUUAUUUUUAUUUAACAA